AUGUCCCGCCGCAAGGCCGGCCGCGUGCCACGCCGUGUAGACCCCGAGCCAGAGAACGACGACAUGGAGACGCCGGACCUCGUCAUUGAUGUGAAUCCGGAGCAAGACGCGAGGGCCGUGGCGCUGGGGCCCUGGUUCCCGAGGGACUUGUCCAUGCCGGGGCUCCUCAGUGCGGAACGUAACCUCGACACCGUCCCGUGUCCCCUCGGCGCGCCCAGCACGUGUGCCCCGUGGAUGCCGCUGACCUUUAAGCCUUCCGACCGCCAGCCCUGGACCAACAAGCACCCAGAUCUGUUGACCUGUGGCCGCUGCCUGCAGACCUUCCCAUUAGAGGCUAUUGUCGCUUUUAUGGAUCACAAAAAACUGGGCUGUCAGCUCCUCCAAGGCUCCGGUCCCAUCUCAGAAUCCAAGGAGCUGAAGGUUCUGAGCUGCCUCCGCUGUGGCAGACAGUUCACCAGUGCUUGGAAGCUGCUACGCCACGCUCAGUGGGACCACGGGCUAUGUAUCUAUCAGACAGAAUCGGAGGCCCCCGAGGCUCCCUUGCUGGGCCUGGCUGAGGUGGCUGCAGCCAUGUCAGUGGCGGUGGAGCCAGUUAAGACCAAGCUCCCCGCAGUGGGUAGUGCUGCCCGGAAGAGCCCCACCUGCCCAGUGUGCAAGAAGACCCUCAGCUCUUUCAGCAACCUCAAGGUCCAUCUUCGCUCCCACACUGGUGAGCGACCCUAUGCCUGUGACCAGUGUUCCUAUGCCUGCACUCAGAGUAGCAAGUUGAACAGACACAAAAAGACGCACCGGCAGCCCACACCCGGGAGUCCCUGCACCCCAGUCAAUAGCCGGGGCGUAUCCCCAGCAGCCCCUCCUGAACCAGCUGCCCACGCAGCUGCUCCAGCCAGCACAGUUCCACGCCAGAAUGUGGAGAAGGCUGGGGCUGCAGCCACAGCAGGAGUCCAGGAACCUGAGGCCCCUGGCAGUGGAGCUCAAGCGGGUUCUAGUGGUGUUGGCUGGGGACCCACUACCAAAGCAGAGAGGACUGAGCCUGUAAAGAGCCAGAAGACAACGCCCAGGAGCAAGAGCAGUGGUUCCAGCAGCAGCUGUGACUUCUGUGGGAAGCACUUCACCAACAGCAGUAACCUGACAGUGCACCGGCGCUCCCACACGGGGGAGCGGCCCUACGCCUGUGACCAGUGUCCCUAUGCCUGUGCCCAGAGUAGCAAGCUCAACCGCCACCGUCGCACGCAUGGUCGGGGGCCUGGCAACACCCUUUACAAGUGCCCACACUGCCAUGUGCCCUUUGGACUGCAGGCCACACUAGAUAAGCACCUGCAGCAGAAGCACCCCACGAUGGCCUGAGACCCCACGAUGGCGUUGGCGCGAGAACAGUUUUAUACAAUUCUAUCACCUUUAUGUCAAUAAAGCAUCUUCUAUUUA